AUGGCAAUAAAGGAAUUAGAUUCAUGUAAUAAUGGAGAUCAUCAUGAAGAUUUCAUUGACAUAGAGUUGAGUUCUUAUUCAAAUUUCUUGUGUUAUUCAAUAAACUCUCCACCUCAAAGCAAGGAGUUUGAGUUUCAAACAUGUUCAGUUUCAAAUGAUAUUGAUGGUAAACCCACAAAUUCUCCUGCUGAUGAUCUUUUCUACAAAGGCAAACUUCUCCCUCUUCAUCUCCCACGCCGCCUCCAGAUGCUUCAGCAGAUCCUCCAUAGCUCAACCUUUGAACAAAACUCUGAAGAUAUCAAUACCCACUUGGAAUCUUACACCAUAUCUCCAUGUGAGUCUGGUAGAUUAAGCGGUGACUUAAACCCAGAUGAGCACUUCUUCGAAUGGUCGAUCGAGGUGAGUAGUUUCAUCAGUGACCAUUCUACUACUUCAUUGUCAAGAAAGCUCAAGAAAUUCUCACUAGCUCAAAAGCUGAAGGCUUCACGGGCAUACAUCAAGUCUUUGUUUAGUAAAUCCGGGUGUCCAAACGAGUCUUCCACCAAGGCUACAUCUAAUGCCAAACCAGACAAGCCUAAUGAGAGUUUAAAUAAGUACACCAGAAUGGGGAAGAGGAAUCCAUUUGGAAGAACUGACUGCGUUUACAAGACCAAUGAAAGAGAGAUGGUUGAUCACGAUAUUGCCAUUUCCCAAAGAAGAUCUUUCUCGGGACAUUACGCAACGAAGUCAUCGUCGUGUUCUUCAUCAACUUCUUCAUCUGGGUCUUCGUCUUUUUCGUUCAGUUCAAAUGGACAUUAUGAUCUGCAACUAUUGAAGAGGAGCAGCAGUGCUAAUUCAGAGGUUGAGAACUCAAUUGAAGGAGCAAUAGCUCACUGCAAACAGUCCCAACACUUGUUUAACCCACGGAAAGCUGCAAGCUAA